AUGGCAGACUCUCGUGUAAUAAACUUUGGCGCAGGCCCGUCGGCGCUGCCAGUCUCCAUUCUGGAAGAGGCAGGCAAAGGUCUGCUCAACUUUGAGGGCACAGGCAUGGGCAUCGCAGAGAUCUCGCACCGCUCCAAAGAAUUCAGCGCGUACAUCAGCACCGUCGAAGCCCAGAUCCGCGACCAGCUCUCCGUUCCCCCUACACACUCCAUUCUCUUCUUGCAGGGCGGCGGCACAGGCCAGUUCUCCGCCGUCGUGCUCAACAUGCUCGCGCGCCACCGCCUGCUGCACCCCGAUCUGCCAGAGGAAGCGCGCGUGCUGGAUUACGUCCUCACUGGAUCCUGGAGCGCCGCGGCGGCGAAGGAGGCGAGGCGCCUCGCGGGGGGUGCGACGGUGAACGUCGCCGUCGACGCACGCACGCUCUCGGCCGACGGCAAGUCGUUCGACCGCAUCCCGCCCCACGACACGUACGCGUUCUCCAGCGACCCCGCGCUGAUAUAUUACUGCGAGAACGAGACAGUCAGCGGCGUGCAGUUUUCGCAUGACGAGAGCGCGCCGGAGAGUUUCCCGUUCGACCGUCUGCCGAAGAACAGCCUGCUCCCGCUCGUAGGAGACUAUUCGUCCUCGUUCAUGUCGCGCCCUAUCCCUAGGCUCGCGGACCAUGCUAUCAUCUAUGCUGGCGCGCAGAAGAACCUAGGGCCUGCGGGGUUGACUAUUGUCAUUGUUAGACAGGACUGUAUUGUCGAUGUGGACGCCGCUGCGAAGCUGGGUGCGAUCCCGGUGCCGAUUGGGUAUGCGUACAAGACCUUUGCGGAACAGAAGAGCAUGCCGAAUACGCCCCCGGUGUUUGCGGUUUAUGUCACCGGCCUUGUGCUAAAGCGCAAUGCGGAGCUCGGGGGUGUGGCUUACUAUGAGGCUGUCAACAAAAGGAAGCAGGAGAAGGUUUAUAAAGUGUUGAGGGAGGGAGAGGGAAAAGGCUUGUUGAAAGGCCAUGUAAAACCUGGAAGUGGAAGUUGGAUGAACGUCGUCUUCGAGGUGCUCGGCGAAGGCGCAGAAGCGCGCUUCUUGGCCGGGGCGGAGGCCAAAGGUAUGAAAGGGCUCAAAGGGCAUCGCUCGGUGGGAGGCAUCCGGGUGUCCCUCUACAACGCUAUAACAGAGGAACAAACCGAUAGCCUCGUGGACUACAUUCGGGAAUUCUUGAACCAGCCGCCUCUCGUGCCUCCUACUCUACCUUCAGAAUCUCUGAAAGCAUAA